AGCAGUGCUGGCUGGCAGUGGGCAGAGGAAGACAUAGAAGGGGGCUGCAGGGGUAGAGCAGUAGGUAGAAGAGGAGUGCAGGGUAGAGCAGUGCACAGAGGAGGACAUAGAAGAGGACUGCAGGGUAGAGCAGAGAGCAGAGGAGGACAUAGAAGAGGAGUGCAGGGUAGAGGAGGACAUAGAAGAGGAGUGCAGGGCAGAGGAGGACAUAGAAGAGGAGUGCAGGGCAGAGCAGUGGGCAGAGGAGGACAUAGAAGAGGAGUGCAGGGCAGAGCAGUGGGCAGAGGAGGACAUAGAAGAGGAGUGCAGGGCAGAGGAGGACAUAGCAGAGGAGUGCAGGGUAGUGCAGUGGGCAGAAGAGGACACAGAAGGGUGUCCUCAGGGUAGCUGAGUUGUGCCUGGCAGUGGGCAGAGGAAGGCACAGAAGGGUAGCACUGCCCCCCUGAAGCUUGCAUUGUGCAGGAUU